GGUAACAAAAGAAUGAGGAGGAGGGCGCCAAGGAUAAAAGACGGAGUGGGUGGAAGUUGGAGCUUGGAAGGCGUUGAAGAGGGGUUGAAUGUUGUGGAAUGAGAGAGAGGUUUAGGGGUUGAUUGAGGUUUUGUGGUAUGGAGAGCUAUCUCAACGACAACUUUGGGGGUGUGAAGCCCAAGAACUCUUCCGAGGAGGCCCUCCAGAGAUGGAGGAAGCUUUGCUGGGUUGUUAAAAACCCUAAGCGAAGGUUCCGUUUCACUGCUAAUCUCAGCAAGCGAUUCGAAGCUCAAGCUAUUCGACGCUCCAAUCAGGAGAAGUUUAGAGUAGCAGUUCUAGUUUCACAGGCUGCGCUUCAGUUUAUUCAUGGUUUGUCCAGUGACUACAUGGCACCUGAGGAAGUAACAGCUGCAGGUUUUCAAAUUUGUGCUGAUGAGUUGGGAUCAAUUGUGGAAGGCCAUGACUUAAAAAAGCUGAAAAUUCAUGGUGGGGUUCAGGGUAUUGCAGAGAAGCUCUCCACAUCAACCACCAAUGGUAUUCCUAUGGCUGAUGAUCUGUUGAAUAAAAGAAAGGAAAUUUAUGGAAUUAAUAAAUUCACUGAAACCAAAGUCCCUGGUUUCUGGGUUUUUGUGUGGGAAGCCCUUCAUGAUAUGACCCUUAUGAUACUUGCUGUUUGUUGCUUUGUGUCUCUUCUUGUUGGCAUAAUAAUGGAAGGAUGGCCAAAGGGUGCACAUGAUGGACUUGGAAUCGUUGCAAGUAUUCUGCUUGUUGUAUUUGUCACUGCUAUAAGUGAUUAUAGACAAUCUUUGCAGUUCAAGGAUUUGGACACAGAGAAGAAAAAGAUUACAGUUCAGGUUACUAGAGAUGGGCAGAGGCAAAAGAUAUCAAUAUAUGAUCUAGUUCCAGGUGAUAUUGUUCAUCUUUCCAUUGGAGAUCAGGUCCCAGCUGAUGGACUUUUUGUUUUAGGAUUUUCUUUGUUGAUAAAUGAGUCCAGUUUGACAGGAGAGAGUGAGCCAGUUCAUGUGAAUUCCGAGAAUCCUUUUCUCUUGUCUGGAACUAAAGUUCAGGAUGGGUCAUGCAAAAUGCUUGUGACUACUGUUGGGAUGAGAACCCAAUGGGGUAAAUUGAUGGCAACUCUUAGUGAAGGAGGGGAUGAUGAGACCCCAUUGCAGGUAAAACUAAAUGGAGUGGCAACCAUCAUUGGAAAACUCGGCCUGUUUUUUGCUGCUGUGACUUUUGCUGUUCUGGUGCAAGGAUUGUUCAGCCGCAAACUCCGAGAGGGGUCCCACUGGAGCUGGUCUGGAGAUGAUGCACUGGAAAUGUUGGAAUUCUUUGCUGUUGCUGUUACAAUUGUUGUGGUCGCAGUUCCUGAGGGGUUGCCCUUGGCUGUGACAUUGAGCCUUGCUUUUGCCAUGAAGAAGAUGAUGCAUGAUAAGGCACUUGUCCGUCAUCUGGCUGCCUGUGAGACCAUGGGAUCUGCCACAAGUAUUUGCAGUGACAAGACAGGAACUCUAACUACUAACCACAUGACUGUUGUGAAGGCAUGCAUUUGUGGAAAAAUCAAGGAAGUGAGCAGCUCUGAGGAAACUUCUAGUUUCUGCUCUGGAAUUCCUGAUUUUGCUGUUAGAAUUUUACUUCAAUCAAUAUUUAACAACACUGGGGGAGAAAUUGUCACCAACAAAGACAACAAAACUGAGAUACUAGGAACACCCACUGAAGCUGCUCUUUUGGAAUUCUGUUUGUUGCUUGGUGGGGAUUUCCAAGCAGAACGGCAAGCAUCAAAACUUGUGAAAGUUGAACCAUUCAAUUCUGCAAAGAAACGAAUGGGAGUGGUUCUAGAGAUUCCUGGAGGAGGUUUUCGGGCCCACUCUAAAGGUGCUUCUGAAAUAGUUUUGGCUUCAUGUGACAAAGUCAUAGACUCGAAUGGUGAUGUUGUUCCUCUCAAUGAAGCAUCAUUCAAUCAUCUGAAGGAUACAAUUGAAAGAUUUGCUAGUGAAGCUCUUCGAACCCUAUGUCUUGCUUAUAUGGAACUUGGAAGUGAGUUCUCUGCAGAGAAUCCUCUUCCCAGUAAAGGAUAUACUUGUAUAGGAAUUGUGGGUAUCAAAGAUCCAGUUCGCCCAGGUGUCAAGGAGUCUGUUGCAAUUUGUAGAUCAGCUGGUAUUUCUGUCCGGAUGGUUACUGGAGACAACAUAAACACUGCAAAGGCAAUUGCUAGAGAAUGUGGCAUUCUGACUGACGAAGGCAUAGCAAUUGAAGGUCCAGUAUUUCGUGAGAAGAGUGAGGAGGAAUUGCAAAAACUAAUUCCAAUAAUUCAGGUAAUGGCUCGAUCUUCACCAUUGGAUAAGCAUAUCCUUGUGAAACACUUGAGAACUGCAUUGGAAGAAGUUGUUGCAGUGACUGGGGAUGGUACAAAUGAUGCUCCUGCACUUCAUGAAGCAGACAUUGGGCUUGCAAUGGGCAUUGCUGGAACAGAGGUGGCAAAAGAGAGUGCUGAUGUCAUAAUUAUGGAUGAUAACUUCUCCACUAUUGUGACUGUGGGCAAAUGGGGACGCUCAAUUUACAUUAACAUUCAGAAAUUUGUUCAAUUUCAGUUGACAGUCAAUAUAGUUGCCCUAGUUGUAAACUUUUCUUCAGCAUGUUUGACAGGAAAUGCUCCCCUGACCGCGGUUCAGCUUCUGUGGGUCAACAUGAUUAUGGAUACACUGGGAGCACUUGCACUGGCUACUGAACCUCCUAAUGAUGAGUUAAUGAAAAGAUCUCCAGUGGGAAGGAAAGAAAAUUUCAUCAGUAAUGUGAUGUGGAGAAAUAUCAUUGGGCAGUCUCUCUAUCAAUUUGUCGUAAUAUGGUUUCUUCAAACAAGAGGGAAAGCAUUUUUCCAUCUUGAUGGCCCGGAUUCUGAUUUGAUUCUAAACACAAUUAUUUUCAACACCUUUGUCUUUUGUCAGGUUUUCAACGAGAUCAACUCCAGGGAGUUGGAGAAGAUAAAUGUCUUCAAGGGCAUGCUAAGGAACCAUGUGUUUGUAGCUGUAGUCACAUGCACUGUCAUAUUUCAAAUCAUAAUCGUCCAGUUCCUUGGUACCUUUGCAAACACAUCCCCUCUUACUAUGCAGCAGUGGAUUGGUAGCAUUCUCCUUGGAUUCCUGUGCAUGCCAAUAGCAGCUGCCUUAAAAAUGAUUCCUGUGGAUGGAAAAUGAAAUCAAGGCAAACUGGAUAGUAUUGAUAAUGUGCCUUUAUGAGAACCUAAUGUUAAUUAGGAGCAAUGGAGAGAAAAUGAGCUUCUUGUUUAUUAUGCACACAAGCUCAUGGUGGAUGGUGCCUGAUUUCAACAUUGGAACUACUAUUGCCUUACAGUUAUUGUAUCAGAAAGUGAAAGGGCGUUUUUCAUAAUUGGGAAGCAGUUUCAAGGAUUUUAAGGAGUUUGCAGUAGUCUGUGGCACCCCUCCUAAUCUGACUGAUCUCACGACUCAGUUUCAUUAUCUAUUCUGAAUCUUUCCUGAAAUGUAAAUAAAGCUCAAUUACAAGGGCUCCUCCUAAAAUAUAAAUGCAUUAUGCAACUCAAAGGAUAUGUAAUUUUUAUUCAUAAUUACAACACAAUCUAAAAAUACUUUAUCGGAACCUGGUGAUUCUUUUAUUCAUUAUAUACGCCAUACAUUUGUUUGGAUUCCACCCAGCAA